UUUCAGAGACCAAACGCCUUCUGGUUCUCGAGCUUGGACAUGUUAUUGUCCGCCUGCAAACCAAAACUCGAACUCCUCUCUUUCCCUCCCCUCAAGCGCGUCCACAGUGCAUCCCAGUCUCGCCCACCGCCGCUCUCUCCCCUCUCUCUCCCGCCAAGCCCCUCCCUCGCCCAGAUCAAGCAAGCCCAUGCUCGGAUCAUCGUCCUCUCCGGCCAUGCCGCCGCCGCCGUCAAGAACAAGAACCGCCUCUUGGGCCACCUCCUCCUCCGCCUCUCCCUCGCCUCGCCGACCCAUCUUGAUUAUCCCCUCUCCCUCUACCGCAGCAUCGAGCCCCCAUCUGUUUUCGCCUCCAAUAACGUGAUCCGAUGCCUCGCCCGGAGCGAUCUCCCUUUCGGGUCCGUCUCUGUCUACGCGUCGAUGCGGCGGCGUGGGGUGAGCCCCAACGAGCAUACCUUCACUUUCGUGCUGCAGGCUUGCGGGAAGGGCGUGGGUUUGCUUGAAGGGAGGCAAGUCCACGCUCACGCUGUGAAGCUGUGUUUUUGUGGGGAUCUGUACGUUAGGAAUGCUUUGAUUCACCUGUAUUGCGCUUGCUCUGAAAUGGGCGCUGCGAGGAGGUUGUUCAACGAGCGCCCUGGUUGCAGAGACGUCAUCACGUGGAAUUCGAUGGUGGCGGGAUUCGCCGGAGAUGGGCAGAUUGACGUUGCUAAGCAACUUUUUGAUGAAAUGCCUAAGAGAGAUGUUAUUUCUUGGACUGCUUUGAUUUCUGGCUACGUUCAAAAUGGUCAGCUGGAAAGGGGAUUAGAGUGUUUUAAGGAGAUGAGAGAGUGUGGUCUGAUGCCUAAUGAGGCCAUCUUGGUGACAGUGCUCUGGGCUUCGGCUCAACUGGGCUUGCUUGAGCACGGUCGGUUCAUUCAUUCAGUCAUAAGCUCGUUAAAUCUCCCAAUUACAGUCUCUCUUGGGACCGCUCUGGUCGAUAUGUAUGCAAAAUGCGGAAGUAUCGAACUGUCUAGACUCGUAUUUGAUCAAAUGGCACAAAAAAACAUUUGGUCAUGGAACGCCAUGAUUUGUGGAUUGGCCUCCCAUGGCCUUGGAAGGGAAGCUCUUGCCCUCUUCAAAGGCUUCUUAUCUGUAGGUCUCCAGCCAGCGAGUGUGACUUUUGUGGGGGUCCUAAACGCUUGUAGUCGUUCAGGUCUGGUUAGGGAAGGUAGGCAAUAUUACAAGUUGAUGACAGAGAAAUAUGGAAUCGAACCUGAGAUGGAACAUUAUGGAUGCAUGGUCGAUCUCCUAGGUCGUGCAGGUCACAUUUAUGAAGCUGUUGAUUUGAUUGAAAACAUGAAAGUUUCAGCAGAUCCGGUCUUAUGGGCAACAUUGCUUGGCGCCUGUAAAGUCCAUGGCUUAGUAGAGCUAGGUGAAAAGAUAGGGAGCAAACUUGUAAACUUGGAUCCCACCCAUGAGGGGCAUUAUGUGCAACUAUCAAACAUAUAUGCCAAGGCAAGCAAAUGGGCAGAUGUAAUUAGAGUCCGAAGGCUAAUGGCAGAGCGAAAUGCCAAUAAAGUUGCUGGUUGGAGCUUGAUUGAAGCGCAGGGGAUAGUACAUAGAUUUGUUGCUGGGGAUAGACAGCACGAACUUUCGUCAGAAAUUUAUGGGAUGCUUGAAAUUAUCGAAGCACGAAUCACAGAAGCUGGGUAUUCACCGGACGUUUCAUCGGUUUUGCAUGACAUUGGGGAGGAAGAGAAGGAAAAUGCAAUCAAGGUGCAUAGCGAGAGGUUGGCAAUGGCUUUUGGAUUGUUAGUUGCAAAAGACGGUGAUUGCAUUCGGAUAGUGAAGAACUUGAGGGUUUGUGCGGAUUGCCAUGAGGUGACAAAGGUGAUCUCGCAGGUCUUCCAGAAGGAAAUAGUAGUGAGAGAUGGGAGUAGAUUCCACCGGUUUAAAGACGGCGCAUGUUCUUGCCUAGAUUAUUGGUAGAAUAUUAGUUUCUCUUCUUGCUUCUAUGGAGACGAUAUUCUUCCACCAUUUGUGCCAGUUCGUGGUUUGAACUUACCUAGUGAAGGAAAAUGGCUUAUAUCCAGGCACCUUCUCGUGGUUUCAUACACCGGCUCAGUUGAAAGCAUGCAGCCUAAUUCCACUAGAAAGGAUACAAGUAGGGAGUGUCCAAAAAGUUAUAAGCAUGAUUCGUAGCGAUUUGUAAACUUCCAUAGUAUCCAUCUGCUUCUAGUCAUACUAAAAGUGGGUUGAUAAAAGAGAAUAUGUCCUGGGGAAUGAUGGAAAAUUGAGGGACAGUUCUGUAUCCAUUCUUUGAUUUUUGCGUGUAGAACAAUACCUGUAGUCAAUUUGAUAUGAGCUAUUUACUCGA